AUGUCUAAAGUCAAAACACUGAGAGAUUUCAUCAACCAGAGACUUUCAGCAGCUGCAGAGGAGAUAUUUGAUCUGUUUGAAAGAACGAUAUUAGAGUACGAGGAGAAACUCCAACUACAGGAGGCUGUUUACAACCCCAACAGAGGAGCAGGUUUGUACUGUUUUAGAGUUUUUACACUUUAAUCCGAAGGAGAAUUAUCAUAGUGUGAGAUUAAACCCUGAGAAAACCUUACAGAAUGAGUUUUUCCUCAGUAAGAUAAAGCAAAAGCUCCACAGUAAAGAUUAAUGCUGCAGACAGAGAACAUCUACUGUCAGUGUCAGGGAUUUUAUUUUCUCUUCUGAGGUUCUUCUCACAGAAAUUUGUACCAGAGUCUGGGGGAAAAAACACAAUUUUGAUGGGCAUAAGAGAGACGGGAAAUAAUACAUGUCUGUUAUGUUGUUGUUUGGCCAUAUUUUUGUUUGUGUAUCAGUAGAGAUUGUUGUUUCUUAUAAUUUUCUCACCUGGUCAGUCAUUUUGUGGGCAUUGGUCAUCGUACGAAGGUGUGAAGCUCCGCUGUGUCACUUUCUCUCUCCUCCUCCUUGCCCUUUCAGAUUGUUUUUUGGUUUGAUACGACCUUACAGAUGGAAAAGCUAAAGAAAACUAGUAAAAGCAGCUGCUGUUUAACUGUAAACGUCAGAUUAGAUCUGGUACCUGUUUAUUUGUUUGAAGGGAUAUUAAUUUAGGGUCAAACACUCCGUAACACCCAGUUAGACACCCCCUCCAGAGAUGAAUGUUGCCGACCGCUUGCUUCUCUAGUUAUACCGACUUUAGUAACGACCGCAGGAUAGUAAUACAGAGAGCCACGCACUCAACCAAAACGCCACUCUAUCGCCACAAAUAAUGCUCAGAACAGCACCUAACUUCAUCAACAGGACAUAUAGGGUCCCAGCCAUAGAACUAGACACCAAACAUCUUUUUAACUUUGACUAAUUUCUUUAGCAAAGAGACUAAACACAACUCACCUACUCUCUUCCAGCAGCCGCUUGUUUGUAGCAAGACUUUAGGCCAGUCCAUUACAGACUACAGCGGGGUGACGCAGCUCAAGGAAGAACAUUUAUGAUCUUUUCUUCAUGGAAAUACAACCAGACUGAGACACUAAGGCAGAAGAACUACCGCGUCUGCCGUGAAAAUGAUUACUAUGGUGAUUAUUACUUCAAAGAAAUGAUCAUAAAUGUUCUUCCUUGAGCUGCGUCACCCCGCUGACACGGGGCCAGCGGAGGGAUGUGUCAGACAGCAACCUCCGCCAGGAACCCCAUGGCCGGCCCCUGCAACCACAAGCGACCACUGCUCCCGGUGCCGAGGGCUCCCUCAGAGGAAACACUGUGGGUCAUAAAAAUGAUAAAAGGACAAAAACAAGAAAAAACUAAAAUAUGAAUAAAACACAGACCUUAAAUAAAUCUAGGCUAACUAGAAUAAAUGAAGAUUAAACAAAUAAAUAUCAAUUAAAAGCUAAAAAGGUGGGUCUUAAACCUGCUCUUAAAAAAAAUAUCCCUUUAAGUAAGAGACAGAGGACUUGGUGGACCUAAAAAAUCAAUCUUAAAAUAAAAUACCUGUCUUAUUAUACAAAGAGAAUUAGUCCACAUCCAGGGUCAGAGCAGCUCUGAAUGUGCUGAAUUUGAACAUUUCUGUCCACUGCUUAAUUACUUAAUUAUACCAUUCAUAAAAAAUGUGAAGUAUUUAUUUCAACAAGUCCUCCAAAACAUCUUAUUUUGUUUGUUUUUUUACAGAAAUCCAGCAGCUUUUGGUGAGGAAAGAAGAGGAUCCCCCUGAGCAGCAGGAGGGGAGCCCCAGUCUGGAUCAGGAGGACCCAUCAGAACCACCACACAUUAAAGAGGAACAGGAGGAAGUGUGGAACAGCCGAGAGGGAGAGCAGCUUCAAGGAGUGGAGCAGGCUGAUAACAGCAUGUUCAUAUUCACUCCUGCUCCUGUGAAGGGUGAAGAGGAAGAUGAUGGGGAGAUACCUCAGUCCUCACAGCUUUAUGAAAUUCAUACCAAUGAAAUUAGAAACAAGACUGCAGAGUCCUCUGAAUCUGAUACUGAUGAUAGUAAUCUGGAAUCUCAGUCAGGACUUAACUCUGUCCAAAACAGUGAAGAAUCUGACAGUGAUAUCAAAAUUACUUGUGAUACAUCAGUCAGCCCCCCAGGAUUGAGCUCUGACCAGAAGAAACAACUCCUGAAACACGGUGACAGCAAAAAACGUCCAAAACCGUUCAGUUGUUCGAUUUGUAAGAAGACUUUUCCGUGGAAAGCAGCAAUGGAGAGACACAUGACAACCCACACAGGCGAGAGACCCUUCAAAUGUUCCAUCUGUGGUUCCAGAUUUACCCGGAGUUAUACUUUGAACUUACACCUGAGAGUUCACACAGGAGAGAAACCUUUCACCUGCUCCAUUUGUAACACGAGUUUCAGUCGCAGACACAAUUUGGUUUUGCACAUGAGGAGCCAUACGGGAGAGAAACCGUUUAGUUGUUCAGUUUGUGCGAAACAAUUUCCAACACAAAGAAACCUGAGAUUACACUCGGCUGUCCACACAGGAGAGAAACCAUUCAGCUGCUCAGUUUGUUGUCAAAAAUUUGCAUUACUUGGUACUCUCAAAAGACACAUGACUGUACACACAGGAGAGAAACCCUUUAACUGUUCAAUCUGUGGUCAAAGUUUUGCUACACAUGGGACUCUAAAACGACACACAAACGUCCACAAGGGAGAGAAACCAUUUAGUUGUUCAGUCUGCGGCAACAAAUUUACACAGCGUGGAACUCUGAAACGACAUAUGUCAGUGCACAUGGACGAGAAACCGUUCAGUUGCUCAGUUUGUGGUAAAAGAUUUACACAGGGUGGAACACUCAAGCGACAUAUGGUCGUCCAUAUGGAUGAGAAACCAUUUGUUUGCUCAGUUUGUGGAAAAAGAUUUGCAGAACAUGUCAGUCUGAAGGUUCACCUGAUCGCUCACUCAGAGACAAACAGCUGUCCUGGACCUUAA